ACGGCGAUUAUUAAUUUUCAAGGUAUGUUCGUACUUUGCGCUUAUAUGCUAACGGGUACCUCAUUGUGUUUUACUUCAAGCACUAGUACUUAGCAUGGACCAUCGUCAUAAUAAUACCUAAGCUAACACUAGAUAUUUACAGGGUCUAUUCUAGAGAGCUUUUCUUCGAAUCGCUACAUAGAAGAAAACUGACCAAUCGACCAAUCCUAAAAGAUGGCAGACGCGAAAGAGGCGGCGGUCGACGCCGAUACACAAGCCGUUCGAAGAUCCCACUCGGAUCUUGCCGCGAGUACGCACGGCCCCGAAGCGCGUCCUGAUAGUUGGAUGUAUCGAGGUUUUCGGAUCGGCGGGAAGGAAUUCUGGUAUGCGUCACCAAAGAUCCAGCUUCUGAUGGUGGCUUUCGUCUGCUUCAUGUGCCCUGGAAUGUACAAUGCGCUCCAAGGUCUCGGUGGUGGUGGACAGGUCGAUUCCACUGUGCAAGAUCACGCAUCCACCGCUCUUUAUUCCGUCUUCGCUGUCGUCGCUUUCUUUUCCGGCUCCAUCGCGAACAAACUCGGUGUAAAGAUUACUUUGACUAUCGGUGGUAUCGGUUACUGCAUUUACUCUUCUAGUUUGUUGUGCUACAGCCAUACCGGCAAUGUUGGUUUCGUCGUCUUCUCCGGUGCUCUUUUGGGUCUUUGCGCCGGUCUGCUCUGGACUGCGCAAGGAACUAUCAUGAUGGCUUACCCCCCCGAGGAGUCUAAAGGCCGCUACAUUAGUUGGUUUUGGAUCAUCUUCAACCUCGGCGCUGUUAUUGGUAGCUUGAUUCCUCUCGGACAGAACGUCAGCAAUAACACUGGUACAGUCACGGAUGGCACGUAUAUUGGCUUCAUUGUUCUCAUGUUUGUCGGAGCGUGUCUUACCACGCUCUUGGUGAAUGGAGACAAGGUUAUCCGUGAUGAUGGUUCCAAAAUCAUCUUGAUGAAGAACCCUACUUGGCAGAGCGAGUUCAUUGGACUCUGGGAGUGUAUCUCCCUCAGCCCCUGGGUCGUUGCUCUAUUCCCAAUGUUCUUCGCUUCCAACAUCUUCUACACAUACCAGCAGAACGUUCUCAAUCUCGCCUAUUUUGACACUCGUGCCCGCUCACUGAACAACCUUCUUUACUGGCUCGCCCAGAUUUUUGGCGCCGUUAUUGUCGGAUACGCUCUUGACAUCAAAUCGAUUCGGCGGUCAAUGCGUGCCAAAAUCUCAUUCGUCGUGCUUUUCGCCCUCACCUUUGUCAUCUGGGGUGGUGGCUGGGCGUGGCAAGAGCACCAGCUUGACCGAGCGGCGUCUAAAGAAGUACCCGACGAUCAGAAGAUUGACUGGAGAGACAGCAACUUCCUUGCACCUAUGUUCCUUUACAUUUUCUACGGCGUGUAUGACUCCGUAUGGCAAACAUGCAUUUACUGGUACAUGGGCGCUCUCUCAAACUCCGGCCGAAAGACCGCCAACUUGGCUGGAUUUUACAAGGGUCUGCAAUCCGCUGGUGCUGCCAUUUUCUGGCGCUUGGACGGUAUCCACACCGAAUAUAAUACCAUCUUCGCUGCUACCUGGGGUGUUUGUGCCGGAUCUCUCCUAAUUGCCGCCCCGAUCAUUUUCAUGAGAAUCAAGGACACUACCGAGCUCGACGAGGACCUUAAAUUCAGUGAUGAAACGGCGGGUGAUGUCCUACCGACCGCAGUUCCGGAAGAGAAGCGCACUGAAGUUUAAGCAGUGAUUUCUUUUAUUUAUAUGCUUUUUUUAAUAGUUAAAAACACUACGAGCGGGGUGUUUAUGGUUUUGAUAGAGCCAUGGAUUGAGCGGCUGAAGAUUACGAAGUGGUUGGCAUAACCUAGCCUACCGGUGUUGACGCAUGAUGAUGAAUAUAGUAUUGAACAAAUUCAUUCAUAAGCAUAUAAAUAUACCCCAUGAUGCAGUUGUCAGA